AAACUACCACAACUACCUUUCAUUCAGUCCUUGAAAGAAAAUGGAAAACCAAAAUUUUCUGGGGAAAAAUCAAAAACCCACAAAGCAGAGAGUGGUGUGUUGCAUAGGCGAUAUCCAUGGAUACAUCACAAAGCUUCAAAAUCUUUGGUCCAAUCUCGAAACCCGAAUCGACCCAUCUGAUUUCGAGACCGCCCUGAUCAUCUUCUUGGGCGAUUACUGCGACAGAGGCCCCAAAACUCGGGAUGUGAUCGAUUUCUUGAUCAAUCUUCCCUCAAAAUACCCAAAACAAUCCCACGUUUUUCUCUCCGGGAACCAUGACCUCGCUUUCGCGGCGUUCGUCGGAGUUCUGCCGGCGCCGGCUGACGGGUCGGAGUUCUCGGAGACGUGGAAGGAGUACGAGGCGAGUGAGGAGAGAGAAGGGUGGUAUAAGGGUGAUGGGUUUGAGAAUAUGCAUUUGCAGGGGAGGAGGUGGGCUGGGUCAAUUACUGUUAAAUUCAAUGCUGUGAAGGGGACUGAGUACAAGGGUUCGAUUUACGAUGCCGGGAGUACCUUUGCAUCGUAUGGUGUUCCUCAUGGAUCUGCUGAUUUGAUUAAUGCAGUCCCUGAUGAACACAAGAAGUUUCUUGCUGAACUAGUUUGGGUCCAUGAAGAGGACAAUGUCUGUAUAGAAACUGAGGAAGGAAUCAAACACUGUAAACUGAUUGCUGUACAUGCUGGCUUGGAAAAAGGCAAAGGGGUCGAAGAGCAGAUGAAAUUUUUGAAAGAGAGGGACACCAGGGUGCCUAAGGUGGAGUCUCUCAGCGGGAGGAAAAACGUAUGGGAUAUACCAAAGGAACUGACCGAGUAUCCAACCAUUGUGGUAAGUGGCCACCAUGGGAAGCUUCACAUUGAAGGCCUCAGACUGAUUAUCGAUGAAGGUGGCGGGUUCGAGAACAAUCCAGUGGCUGCAAUUGUGUUGCCCUCGAGGAAAAUUGUCCGUGAUACUGAUGUUUUACCAAAAUAGCCUCGAGCGUGCAGUCCAUUGGCAUAAUCCCUUAUAUCUACGCAUACGUUAGGAUUGGAGCGCAUUCUUUCUCAGCUAAUUGAGAUAAAAGUGAGUCUACCAGGCGAACUGUCAAAUGUAUUUCUGUAUUAUUGUUGUCUUUAGGUGAUGGCUUUGCCUGUUUCAAGUGUUUUUUUUUUUGAAGGAUACAAUAAUGAUGUUAGUGGGAUACAUAAAUUAUAUGAGAUAUGCUUCAUUUUUAUUGAAGUACACUGUUGUCUUGCUUGCAA